UUCCUCCAAAAAUCAAAGGAAAACGUUUUCCUUUCUGAGUUUCUGUUCUCACAAAUCACAAUUCUCUCUCCUCUUAAACGCUCAUCAACAAUUCGCUCAUCAACAUUUUCGCUCAUCAAUUCUAGUUUAUCAACUUCACUUUCGCUAUCAUCGUAAAUCUCACUCAUCAAUCUCAACGAAUUUGCUUUUGAUUUGUAGGUGAAUAUUACAAAGAAUGACGACUGCGGCUAGACCUACAUGGGCACCUGCAAAGGGUGGCAACGAGCAAGGUGGUACGAGGAUUUUUGGCCCGUCUCAGAAGUAUUCUUCCAGGGAUCUUGCAGCUCAUACAAAUUUGAAGCCCAGAAAGGACGGACAGGACACCCAGGAUGAACUUCAGAAGAGGGACCUUCGUGAAGAACUUGAAGAGCGUGAACGAAGGCAUUUUUCAUCUAAAGAUAAAUCUUUUGGUGAGGAUAGAGAUCGUAGAAAAGGAGGCCAUCUUCUCCUGGAAGUAGGUUCAAAGAGGGAUUUUGAAGACCGUAUCAUUCCUAGAAGUGUAGAUGCUGAUGACUCUGAUGUGGAUGUAAAAAGUGAUGAUGAAAGUGACGAUGAUGAGGAUGAUGAUGAUGAAGAUGAAACUGAAGCGCUUUUAGCGGAGCUUGAACAAAUAAAGAAGGAAAGGGCUGAAGAGAAAAUGCGAAAGGAUCGACAACAGCAAGAGGAAGAACUGAAAAACAAAGAAGCAGAACUUAUGAGGGGAAACCCUCUAAUUAAUGUUAAUGCUCCGUCUAACUUCAACGUUAAAAGAAGGUGGGAUGAUGAUGUUGUGUUCAAGAAUCAAGCACGUGGUGAGACGAAAGCAACUAAACGCUUCAUUAAUGAUACCAUCAGGAGUGAUUUCCACAGGAAAUUUUUACACAAGUACAUGAAGUAAAUUGGAUUAGCCAUUAGAUGAAGAAACUACUUUCCUGUAUCCAUCACAAUUUCUUGAAACAGAAUGUCGUUAUUACCCCGAUAGUGCAAACUAAGGUUUAUUUACUUGUUUGGAUGAAAACUUGGUCUCCAGCUAUUGCCUUUUGGAAUACUGUUUUAAUACGAAUUCCAUAUUUUCUUAUUGUACUCACGAUCGAGUGGUACUUGUCUAAUUGUUCAUGCAAGUAGAUUUAAUCAAUGAAAGAAAGACUUGACUAGUA